CCGCCCAACCAUACACCCACCCCCACCAUAUUCAAGACCCCGAUUUACUACUGUAAUAUCCUACCUGAGAGCGACACCGGACCCCUUACGUGAACCGAUACCGGGCCAUAUCGGAGACAUUUUUUAAUUAUUUAGGAAACCGCGCGCCAUCGCGCGUGUUUUACUGCAUGGACGCUCAAGGCGGCGUGGGGGUGAUUGGCCGUGGUCACGCCGGAGCCUCUUCGCCAACCUGUGUUCGCAACGGCACCGCCAAUGCAAAGCGGAAACGCAGCGGCGCGGGCUCCGAGAGCAGUCCCGGGAGCGUGGACGUCGCGGAGAAUGAAGAGGACGAGGCGGAGAGGAGGCGACACCCCGGAGUGAAAAGGGCUUGCAAUGAGUGUCGCCAACAAAAGUUACGAUGCGACGUUGUCCAGGAUCCUUUUACCACCUGCUCGAGGUGCAUGCGAUUGAAGCUGGAAUGCAAGAUCGAGUCAAACUUCAAGCGUGUGGGGAAGCGCAGUAAACAUGCCGAGAUGGAAAAGCAAAUUGAGUCAUUGCGACGGAGCCUGCAACGGGCGCAAGCACAGGGAUAUGCGGUCGAGGAGGAGGAGGAUAUCGAAAGCCCUAUGGAUAACGGCCUAUACAGCAACUCGAUGAACAAUUCGUCGUUCCUGCGCAACUCUGAUGAGGCGGUGUCGUCGCUCCUCCACCUAAAACAAAGCGGCACCUACAAUAUACCCCGAGUAGCACACGAACUGGAAGAUGUGCGCUUGACGGAGGACCAGGUCAAUCAGCUCUUCAGUGACUACUUCACUUUCUACCAUCCAUUUCUCCCGUUUCUCAAUCCUUCGCAGCCACCUGAGCAAUACUUCACACAAUGUCCGCUUCUCUUCUGGGCCAUCAUCUCGGUCUCGGCUCGGCGUACCAAUGUCAUGGAAAACCUCCUCACGUCGCUAGCUGGCCCUCUCUCAAGGUUACUCUGGACAACCAUUGGUGGUGUACCUGGUAGCCACUACGCCAUCAAGGCACUAUGCCUGCUCUGCACAUGGUCACUACCUACCAGCACAACAGCUACAGACCCGACCCACAUACUCAGCGGAGUUUUGAUGAAGGCUGCAACAGGUAUCGGGCUUCAUAGGCCCAGCCAUGCACAGGAUUUCUCUCGAGUCUCUGUCGAAUUCAACAAAGACGAGCUACAUGAUCGAGUAACUACGUGGGCGGUUUGCAAUAUUGUCUCGCAGACUAUCGGCACAGGGUAUGGGCAGCCGGCAACGACAUUAUACGACUGGACUUUAGCAAUCCGACCGGGCGAUGCGGGGCCAUUCCAGCUAUCGGCAGAGCUGGAAGCCAGGCUACGAAUUGAACGAUUCACAGACAAGGUGUCGAAGGAGAUGUUCAGCAACGCGAGCGAUCCCCAAGGUGUUUCCGGAGAUGAGCUCCGAGCGAUGUUGACGCGCAUCUUCAGGCGUGAGUAUGCCGAUUUAGAGGCAUCUAUUCUUUCAAACCAAAAUCUCUCCCCAUUUAUAACCGUAUUUCUCAAAGCUGCUGGCCUGCAUUUACGACUAGCCGCGUUAUUUGAUUCUCGAUCUGCUCCGAAUUACAUGGACGAUCUACUUGGAUUAUGGCGGGCGACGACCGGGUUUCUUACGACGGUAUUCAGCCUCGAGACACCUACGAGCACACACCCUGGCAACAUCCUUCAGUAUGGUACAAACUAUAUAUCCCAAAUGAUUGUAGCUGCCGGGUUUGCGCUGCUGAAGCUCUUGAGCAGCUUCUUCUCGGCGGAAAUCGAUUUCGACCGAGGGAGGCAGCUGUUCCACAAGACGAUCCAGGCCAUCCGUAGUAUGAGUGUCACCAACAACGAUCUUCUCUGGCGACUUGCAGAACUGAUGGCGCAGAUGUGGAACGGGCUGCGGGCGGAUAAGAGGACGGAGCACGGCAGUAGUGAGCUGGAUGGAUCAAUGCAGCUGAAAGUAAGGUGCCGUCACAGCAUGAGCUUGGUAUACGAUACGAUCUGGCGCUGGCGCGAAGAAUAUCAAGCUCAAGGCCGCGGAAGCAUCGAAGCCGCCUUCAAAAACCCGACAAACCCCGAAUCUGCCGAAGAUUCUCAGGCACCAUCCACUCCCCUCAACAGCACCCUAGCCCCCCCUCCACAGACACUGCAUCAGGGUCUGCCAAAUCACCUGGCGCCCUCUUUAUCCGGGCUCGGGGGAAUGAGUGGCUACGGGGAGAGUAAUUAUGAGGUUUUCGAUCCGCUGAAUUGGAUGCUGGACGGAUUGGUCGACUUCCCUUAUUCAUAUGCAGCGGUGCAAGGAUUGGAGGCUCAAGGAUUGAGCUGAGUAGCGCAGCUCGGUCGUAAAUGACAAAUGCGGUAUGAUGUUGUAUUUUUUUAUUUUAUUUUUCACAAAAACGGUGUGCUCAAAUCGCCGUGCGGGAGG